AGUGAGAAGCCCACUCGCCUCGUCGCCUAAUCACUUGGGUCUAUUCCCAUCUGCUCCACACAAUGGCUUUUUCCUCUUCUUCCUCCUCUCUCACGCUCUCCUUCCUCCUAUUAUGCUUCCUCGCCGCCGCUCCCCUGUUCCCCUGCAAUGCCUACCACCCUUACGGCCGCACUCGCCACCCUCGCUCCGCCGAAUCCCACAACUACAGAGAUGCCCUCACCAAGUCCAUCCUUUACUACGAGGGUCAAAGGUCCGGCCGACUCCCCUCUAACCAGAGAAUCACCUGGAGAAGGAACUCCGGCCUCUCCGACGGCUCCGCGGCGCGUGUGGAUUUGGUGGGAGGAUACUAUGAUGCAGGGGACAACGUGAAGUUCGGUUUCCCAAUGGCAUUCACAACCACAAUGCUGUCAUGGAGCGUCUUGGAGUUCGGCGGCCUGAUGAAAGGGGAGCUCCAGAACGCCAGGGAGGCAAUCCGGUGGGCCACAGACUACCUCCUCAAGGCCACUGCCUACCCGGACGUCAUAUACGUCCAGGUGGGGGACGCCAACAGGGACCACGCCUGCUGGGAGAGGCCGGAGGACAUGGACACUCCCAGGAGCGUGUUCAAGGUCGACAAGAACAACCCCGGGACGGAGGUCGCGGCCGAAACCGCCGCCGCUCUCGCCGCCGCAUCUCUGGUGUUCCGCAGGUGCGACCCUUCCUACUCCAAAACCCUCUCCCGCCGGGCCGUCCGGGUGUUUGCCUUCGCCAAUAAGUACAGAGGCUCCUACAGCAACGGGUUGAGGCAGUUUGUGUGCCCUUUCUACUGCUCAUUCUCCGGGUACGAAGACGAGCUGUUGUGGGGGGCGGCGUGGCUGCACAAAGCCACCAGGAACGCGGCGUACUUGAACUACAUUGAGCGCAACGGGCAGACCCUAGGGGCAGGGGAGACAGACAACACCUUCGGGUGGGACAACAAGCACGUGGGGGCAAGAAUCCUCCUCUCGAAAUCCUUCCUGGUACAGAGAAUCCAAACCCUCCACGACUACAAGGGCCACGCCGACAACUAUAUCUGCUCCCUCGUCCCUGGGACUCCGACCUCCCAAGCACAGUACACUCCGGCGGGGCUUCUCUUCAAGAUGAGCGACAGUAACAUGCAGUACGUCACCUCCACCGCCUUCCUCCUCCUCACCUACGCCAAGUACCUCACCUCCGCCCGUACAUUUGUCAACUGCGGCGGCGUGGUGGUCACUCCGAAGCACCUGAAGGGUGUUGCCAGGAGGCAGGUGGACUACCUGUUGGGGGACAACCCUCUGCGGAUGUCCUACAUGGUGGGGUACGGCACGAGAUACCCGCAGAGGAUCCACCACAGGGGAUCCUCCCUGCCGUCCGUGGCGGCGCACCCGGGGAAGAUCCAGUGUCGGGCGGGGUUCAGCGUGAUGAGUUCGGGCGCGCCGAAUCCGAACGUGCUUGUGGGGGCGGUGGUUGGCGGGCCGGACCAGCACGACAACUUCCCGGAUCAGCGGUCGGACUACGAGCAAUCUGAGCCGUCCACUUACAUCAACGCGCCACUUGUCGGAGCCCUGGCGUACCUGGCUCACUCCUAUGGACAGCUUUAACUUCACAGCUCAAGGUGGCUGGGGAUGUGUUUUCUUAAUUAGUUAAUUGUGUGUAUUUGGGGGUAUUAUCAUUAUUAAGUAUGGAGUCACUGAAUGAAAAUGUGCUUGCUUAAUUAGUAUGGCCUGAUCUUGUUCUUGUGUUAUUAGUAAAAUGGAGGGAACCUCUUUUAUCUGGGUAAAAAAAAAACUGUCUUUGUGAAUGUUUGGAGCCUACACCCAAAAUUGGCCAAAAUGAUACGGAGAGUAUAUGUGCUAUGUGCCCCAAAAUGAUGUUCCAACUUUGUUCCAUC